AUGAGCAGUGACGGGCGCCGAGAUUCACUCGGAGACUUGCACGCAGCGGCGCACGCCGGUUUGCAGCUCCUGGCCUCCAACGAAGCACUGCAAACCACCGUGCACGAACUCGAGGCGGCCCUUCAGACCGCGCGCCUCGAGUGCGACGACUGGGCGGGCAAACACGAACUGUGCUGGAAACAGCGCUGCGAAGCUAUCUACGAAGUCAACUUCCUCCUCAAGACCAACAAGGAGCUGCAGAUGGAGGUCGCGCGGCUCAACGACAAGUGCGUUUGCCUCGAGCGCGAGGCCAUGAAGCUUGAGAACCGCCUCGUACACGCCGAGACGAGUUUACGCCGGUACGUUGUCGAGAAGAAGGAGCGGCGCACGAGCAACCCGAGUCUACUGGCGGAGAAGCGACGCUCAAACCAUGCGAUUGUGGCACCCGAGCCAUCGCCACCAAUCGACGUUGCCAGCGUCAUGGCACCGUACGAAGCUCGUUUGCGCAGCCUGGCCGCCGAGCUGGAAGCGUCUCGUGACGUGGAGACCAAGUACGCUGCGGCGACGGGAACCAUUGAGGACCAAGAGACCCAGAUCGAAGACCUGAAGACCCAGAUUGAGGACCAGAAACACCAGAUCGAGAACCUGCAAGCGCAGGCCGAGAGCAUCACGGCCCAAUGCGAGAGCUGGAGAGCGCAGAGCGAUAGCAACAAGGCACGCCUUAGUGGCUUGGAAGAGGAGCAGAUCGAGGAACGUGCGGUCUUGGCGUCGAUGCGCGAGUCCACGGAGCACCUCAAACAAAACAUCGCAGCUCUCGAAGAUGCUUUGGCCGAGGCCCAAAGACAAGCAUCGAUCAGCCAUGACUUGCGCGAUCGUCUCGUCGCAUUGCACGUAUGCAUGGUCGUGCCCAGCAACCAGACGGACGAACCAGAAUCUAGAUCUGACGACGAGACGCAGCGCUUGGCUGAAACACUUGACCACGUGCUGGAGCUUCUCAACGAGUUGAAGAACCAGCAGCCUCUCUCGUGGCUCCAGCGCCCCACAAUCCUGACGCUUCCUGGAGCCAACGACAACGCUGCUGAAAAUCAAUCCACGCCACUCGACAAGCGUACAUUGACGGAGCCUAUUCGACGCCUCAAGGAAGUCUACCAUGCUGCGUCCGAAGCGGACGUCAUGGGGCUCACCGAUUGGCUUCAUCAUGCGAAGCGAGGUACUGGCAUUGGUCGACCCUUCCGGCUGUACGAUCUGUCGCCAAACGAAGUGCACGGCGUCCUUACGCAGCUUAUGCCGCUGCUGCAACAACAGUGCGGUGUCGCGAUCCAAGCCCAACGCACCGACCGCGUCCUCUACAACUCAGAUCUCAGUUUGCGCGCGCAGACAACGGCAGAUACAAGUACAUGACCGUCCAAAUAGCCACCGUCCAACCCCCAACACGGUAGCAAGAAUUUGCAGCUACACAGCGCAGGUCAUGAGACCCAACGUUCAUAGAAAAAAUCGUCUAAAAUAGAAAACUAAACUCAACCCAAGUACGGCUUUAUUCUGCGAACCUUCCUACAGCGUGAACGUCAACUACCCCAAAUCGUUGAUCACUACGAUGUUGAUGGCGUCUCGCUCGAGCACCAAUUGAAUCUGAAUCUCAAGUCUGUCGUUCGAUCUCGUAUCCAAACGAGGUGAACCGUCUACGCAAUCUCGAACAACAUGACUA